ACGACGUCCUUUUCUCCUUUCAUAAUUUCCCAUUCCCAUUUCCCGGCGACCAACGACCGUAGUUGUUACGAUACGCCGAUCGAUAUCCGUCGACGUUCCUCAUCCGCCAUCCCAUUUCCGUCCGACGACACUUCAUCGGCGCACUGCUGUUCAUUGCAUACACUUGCAGACUUCAAAUUUCAACCGGUUUCCUUGUAACAAAAACAUGCCUAUUUCAAAGAUUGUAGCUCGUUCGAUUUUCGACUCCAGGGGUAACCCCACUGUUGAAGUUGACUUAACCAUCGACAAUGGACCAGUUUUCCGUGCAGCAGUACCAUCUGGUGCUAGUACUGGCAUCUAUGAAGCAUUAGAACUUCGUGAUAAUGACAAGUGUAAUUAUCUUGGAAAAGGAGUAAAUACUGCUGUUAACAACAUAAACAACAUCAUUGCACCGGCUCUUAUUAAAGCGGGACUCAUCGUAACUGAACAAAGAGCUAUUGAUGAUAUUAUGUUAAAAUUGGAUGGAACUCCAAACAAAGCUAAGCUUGGUGCCAAUGCUAUUUUAGGAGUUUCAUUAGCUGUAGCUAAGGCUGGCGCUUUCAAGAAAGGAGUUCCUCUUUACAAGCACAUCGCUGACUUGGCAGGAAACAAAGAAAUUAUUUUGCCCGUUCCAGCUUUCAAUGUUAUCAAUGGUGGUUCUCAUGCAGGAAAUAAGUUGGCUAUGCAAGAAUUCAUGAUUUUGCCUACUGGUGCAUCUUCUUUUACCGAGGCUAUGAAAAUUGGAUCUGAAGUAUACCACACCCUAAAAAAUGUUAUCAAGGCUAAAUUUGGAUUGGAUGCUACAGCUGUCGGUGAUGAAGGUGGUUUUGCUCCCAAUAUUCUUGAAAAUAAAGAAGGUUUGCGUUUGAUUGAAACCGCUAUUGAAAAGGCUGGAUACAAAGGAAAAGUUGAAAUCGGAAUGGAUGUUGCAGCUUCUGAAUUCUUUGUUGAUGGAAAGUACGAUUUGGAUUUCAAAAAUAAGUCUGACAGCAAAGACAAAAGCCAAAUCAUCUCAACUGAAGCUUUAACAGACUUGUACAAAGAAUUCAUUAAGGAGUUCCCAAUGGUUUCAAUUGAAGAUCCAUUUGAUCAAGAUCAUUGGGAAGCAUGGACUACACUUACUGCAUCUACUGACAUCCAGAUUGUUGGGGAUGAUUUAACUGUAACCAAUCCAACACGUAUCGCCGAAGCAGUAGAAAAGAAAGCUUGCAACUGCUUGUUGCUUAAAGUCAACCAAAUUGGUACUGUUACUGAAUCCAUUGAUGCACAUUUGUUAGCUAAGAAGAAUGGUUGGGGUACCAUGGUAUCUCAUCGUUCAGGCGAAACUGAAGAUACAUUCAUUGCUGAUUUAGUUGUUGGAUUGAGUACUGGACAAAUUAAGACUGGAGCUCCUUGCCGUUCUGAACGUCUUGCCAAGUACAACCAAAUACUUCGUAUCGAAGAAGAAUUGGGCAGCUGUGCCAAGUACGCAGGAAAGAAUUUCCGUAACCCACAAGCUGGAAAUUAACUAUUCCUUCUAAUGAAUACCUAAGAAGCAUAUUUAAAAAAAAAUCUGAGCAAGGAGGAAUCACAUACUAAUAAAUACCUCAUUAUUUAUAUUCUGUGAAAACAAAAAUAGCUGUUUAGUUAUUAAUUCAAAAUCGGUAUAUACUUUAGCAUAGAAAAAAUACGUACAAGAAUAAUUAUUAUUAAACAACAUCCUGAAUUAUAUUAUUCGAUUGUUUAUGUUUUUGUAGCAAUUUGUUGUGUGUUAAUGUAUAGUUAUGUAAAAGCUGUUUAAGCUGCAAAUGUUUUUGUAAAAGUAAAAUUUUUUAAAAAUUAAAAUAUAUAUUCUACUUGAUCAGUCA